GCUGGAAACAUUACCGUCUUCUUAUACUGAGACUGUGUGUGUAUGUGUGUGUGUGUGUGAGGGAGAGCGUGCGUGUAUAUGUGUGGAUCUUUUAGCUCUUAAAGCUCUGUCCUCUGAGCACACUCAUCUUUAAAUCUCCCUUUUUUGUUGUUGCAGUCUUUGUUUUUUAAUUUCUAUUUUUUUAAUCCACGCGCUUGCACACACUCACGCGACGCAGCCACCAUGCCUAAGAGGAGCAAAGCGAACAAUGACACCGAAGCCAGUGAGCCCAAGAGGAGAUCAGCAAGAUUGGUGAACAAACCCGCACCUCCAAAGGCAGAGCCCAAGCCAAAGGUGAAGAAGGCACCUGCCAAACCUAAGAAGUCUAAGGAGGCAGAAAAGCCCAAGGAGGAGGAGAAGAAAGAGGAGGUCCCUGCCGAAAAUGGCGAGGCAAAGCCCGAGGAUGAGGCACCAGCAACAGAAGAGGAGGAGAAGGACGACGCGGCAGAAUAACAGCACUCUGCUGCCAUCUCUCACCAGUGCUCCCUGUACCUCUUUUCUUGUACAAUUCAGGGGAAUAUUUUUAUCUACUAUUUUCUAAAGGCAGGUUUUUUAGUAGUUUGAUUGUAGAGACACAUUUUUUAUGAAAGAAAAGAUACAUUUUGAGAGGGAUUUCAUCACAUCCCACAUUUUUACAUCUCCAGAACAGUUAUUGUCAUUGAAAAUGUCAGUUUUCUUCUCUUUUUUCCCCUUUUCUUUCUUUGUUCCUUUUUCUGUUCAAAGUGGGAGAGUGAGGCACGUUUUAAAACCACGCGUACUCUGGCGUGUUGUUCACGCAGACGGUUAGACAACAUUUCGAGCUUGCCCGAAUGACUAACAUUCCAUUGGCUCUAUGAGGGAUGAUUUUGGAAUUAUUUUUUUUUUUCCGGUUUUUGUUUUGAUUUUUUUUGUAACCUGUAAUGUAUGUGUGUGUGUUGGGGAGGGGGGUGUGAAUUGCUCAUUGUUUUAUUGUUUAUAAUGAGAAAGAUUACUUGUAGAAUGUUUGUAAGCCGUGCUCCAUAUGUUAACUCUUGUACCGAUGCAGUUUUUUUCUUUAACCAUUCUGCUUAAUAAACCUAUUCUCUAGUACUGGAGUUUUCCAUGUCA